AACAACUUCCAUCCCAACCGUUCAAUCUCUCCUUUGCUUCCCUUACACUCUCAUUGCAGAAAAUCCUCAUGCUGGUCGAUAGACCUGCCAUUCGUUUGUUACUGUCUAUUUGACCUUGUACAACUGGGCGUUGCGCGUGGACCGCGUUUGUCCUCGAUAUGGACGACUCCAUGAUGGAUGAUUCGGUGUUUUCGGAUGGAGGGAGUUCCGAUUUCGCGCCUGUGACGAAGAAGGCGAAGGCGCCGGCGAAAACCGCGAAAACCACGAAGACUGCUGCAAAACCUGCUGCCAAACCCAAGGCAGCAGCAGGCAAAGCCAAGGCCACCGGACUGAAACAGACCACUCUCAAGGCCACCAAAGCAGCGCCAAAAAAGCGCGCAAAGCCGGUUUCCGAGGACGAGAACUCGGAUAUAGAUCACGCAUCUAUCAAUGACGAUAGCCUGCUCUCAAACACACCUCCCAGCGCGAAGAAUCUGAAGAAAGCACCGGCUCCGAAGAAAUCGAGUGGCAAACCUCUUCAAUCAAUUGAGAACGAGAGUUUCACUACGGGUGAUGGCGAGCCUCCCAAGAAGAAGCCCACCCCGAAGAAGGGUGGCAAUUCGGAUAGAUAUCAGAAGCUCACCCAGUUGGAACACAUCGUGAAGCGCCCGGAUACAUAUAUCGGUUCCGUCGAACCGGAGAAGCGGCAGAUGUGGGUGUUCAACUCCACGACCGAGUCUAUGGAAAUGCGAGAGGUCACAUACGUACCCGGUUUAUACAAGAUCUUCGAUGAGAUUCUGGUCAACGCCGCCGAUAACAAGCAGAAUGACAAGAACAUGGACGAGAUUCGUGUCACGGUCGACCGUGAAAGCGGUGUCAUCAGCGUCUGGAACAACGGACGCGGUAUCCCGAUCGAGAUCCAUGCACGCGAGGGGAUUUACAUUCCGGAGAUGAUUUUCGGCCAUCUCCUGACGUCUUCCAACUACGACGAUGACCAGCAGAAAGUAACCGGUGGUCGUAACGGUUACGGCGCGAAGCUCUGCAAUGUUUUCAGCACGGAGUUCACGAUCGAAACCGCCGAUGCCAAACAGAAGAAGAGAUACAAGCAGACUUGGACCAAGAACAUGAGCGUGAUGGGAAAGGCCAAGAUCACGGACAACAAAAAUGGCGACGAGUACACCAAGGCCACCUUCUGUCCAGACUACGCCAAAUUUGGCAUGGCUGGCAUCGAUGACGACUUGGAAGCACUCAUUAAACGCCGAGUUUACGACUUGGCAGGCACCAGCAAAGGCGUCAAGGUCAAGCUCAACGGCGAUCGCAUCAAGGUCAAUACUUUUCAAAAGUACAUCGAGAUGUACACCAAGGCGAUCAAAGCCGAACAAGGUGAAUCGGAAACGAACGAGAAGCAAGUCAUUCUACGAGACAAUCCCGAUCCACGAUGGGAAAUUGGCUUCGCUGUAUCAGACGGAUCUUUCCAGCAAGUCUCUUUCGUCAAUUCUAUCGCGACAUCGUCAGGUGGCUCCCACGUCAACUAUGUCGCAGAUCAGAUUGUUUCCAAGCUUAUGGACAUCCUCAAGAAGGACAAGAAGAGCGUCCAGCUCAAGCCACACCAGAUCAAGAACCACCUCUUCCUCUUCGUGAACUGCCAGAUUGUCAACCCAGCCUUCACCUCUCAGACGAAGGAACAACUGACAACCAAGCCUUCACAAUUCGGAAGCAGAUGCGUCGUCAGCGACGAGUUCUUGAAGAAGAUGCUGAAAACCGAUGUUCUGCGCAACAUUCGUGAUUUCGCUCAGAAGAAGGCCGAUCAGAUGCUCUCGAAGUCCGAUGGUAGCAAGAGAAGCCGGAUGAAUAAUUCCAAGCUGACCGAUGCGAACAGAGCCGGCACGAAGGAUGGCUGGCGUUGCACUCUGAUUCUGACGGAAGGUGACUCGGCCAGUGGUCUCGCUCUUGCGGGACGUUCUGUCGUCGGUGCAGACUACAUCGGCGUGUUUCCGCUUCGUGGUAAGCUGCUCAACGUUCGAGACGCGUCCAUCGACCAGAUCACGAAGAAUCAGGAGAUUCAAAACAUCAAGAAGUUCAUGGGUCUCCAGCACAAGAAGGAAUAUACGGAUACCAAGUCCCUUCGAUACGGCCAUUUGAUGAUCAUGACGGAUCAGGACCACGACGGAUCCCAUAUCAAAGGCCUCCUGAUCAACUUCAUCCAGUGCUCUUUCCCUAGCCUGUUGAAGAUCCCCGACUUUCUCAACGUGUUCAUCACACCUAUCGUGAAGGUAUGGAAAGGCGACCCUAAACAUCCAAAGUCAAUGAAGUCCUUCUUCACCAUGCCCGAAUAUAACGCAUGGAAGCUAGAGCAUGGACAUCAAAAAGGCUGGGAUCACAAAUACUUCAAAGGAUUGGGUACCAGCGACCCCGAAGAUGGAGAAAUCUAUUUCCGCGACCUAGAUCGGCAUCUCAAAGAAUUUGAACCCAUCAAGAGGGAAGAAACGGAGUUGAUUGAUCUCGCUUUCUCAAAGAAGAAAGCCGAUGCUCGAAAGAACUGGCUCCGCGAAUUCGUUCCUGGAACAUUUUUGGACAUGUCCCAGCGCAUGAUCAGCUAUGAUGAGUUCGUGAACAAGGAACUCAUCCUCUUCAGUAUCGCGGAUUGUGAGCGUUCAAUUCCAUCAAUGGUCGACGGCCUCAAACCCACUCAGCGCAAGGUCAUGUAUACCUGUUUCCGACGCAACUUGAAGAAAGACGUCAAGGUUGUCGAACUCGCUGGUUCCGUCUCCGAGAUGACCAAGUACGCAUACGGCGAGAGUUCCAUGCAGCAGACGAUCGUCGGGCUGGCUCAAAACUUUGUCGGAUCCAAUAACGUCAAUCUCUUGGAGCCCAGCGGUACUUUCGGUACGCGUCGCAUGGGUGGACAAGACGCGGCUAGCCCUCGUUACAUCUACACGAGGCUGUCGCCGUUUGCUCGAAAGCUGUUCAAUCCUGCGGAUGAGCCGCUUCUGAAGUAUCAUGAAGAUGAUGGGAAGACGAUCGAGCCGCACAGCUACGUCCCCGUCCUUCCGAUGAUCUUGGUCAACGGCGCCGAUGGCAUUGGGACCGGUUGGAGCACGUCCAUCCCGAACUACAAGCCUGAAGACAUCGUAGACAAUAUGAAGCGGCGGAUGGCUGGGACUUGUAAGGAGGAUAUGCUUCCCAUGACCCCCUGGUUCCGUGGCUUCAAAGGCCCUGUUGAAGACCUCGGUGGGAACAAAUUCAAGUUCGGCGGUAUCAUCCGAAAGACUGGCAAUAACGAAGUGGAAAUCACGGAAUUGCCGGUGCGGAUGUGGACGCAGGACUUCAAGGACAAGCUUGAAGAGAUCAUCUCGGCUGAAAAGACGCCAUCAUUCGUUAAGGACUAUUCGGAGUACAACACCCCAACCACCGUCCAUUUCAUUAUCAAGAUGGAAGACAAACACAUGCAGGUUGCGGUGGAGAUGGGUCUGGAUGAGCGAUUCAAGCUUGCCAAAACGAUGACCACGACCAAUCUCGUUGCGUUUGAUGCGCAGGGCCGCAUCCACAAAUAUGACACGGUCCUGGACAUUAUGGAGGAGUUCUACCACGUCCGCCUUCGGUUCUAUGAGAAGCGCAAAGAGUUUCAGUUGGACCAACUCCAGAAGGAGCUUGACAAACUGAGCAAUCAGUCCCGUUUCAUCCAGAUGGUCAUCGACAACAAACUCACCAUCGCCAAAAAGAAGAAGCAGGCCCUGGUGGCCGAAUUGCAGAAGCUGAAUUUUAGGCCCUUCCCGAAGGUCGCGGAUGCCAAAAAAGAAGGCGAGCUAGAAGAGGCAGCGGAAGAUGAGGAGGAAUCUGAAGCAGUGGGAGCAAACGACUAUGACUACCUGUUGGGUAUGCCCAUGUGGUCCCUCACACGCGAACGCAUCGACAAACUUCUCAAGCAAAUCGGCGACAAGGAAACCGAAAUCGACCUGCUCAUCAAGCUGUCGCCCAAAGAUCUCUGGACGCGGGAUCUCGAUGACUUCGUCGACGAAUGGCACGCCCAGCUGGCCGACGAGCAGCAGCGCAAGAAGAAGAUCGCCGGCAUGGGUCGCCGUGCGUCCGCUAAGCUGGGCGGCAUCGCUGGUUCGAAAGCGAGCAAGCGCAAGGCGGCCGAUAGCGACGACGGGGACUUCGAGAUCGUCAAGAAGAAGAAGACGACCUUGAGCAAGGCGCCGGUGAAGAAUGCUGGCUUGUUGAGUUAUUUGAAUAAGGCGGGGCCGACCAAAGCGGUACUGGAUAGUCCUCCUGCCACUGAGGUAGGUGCUGCGUCCCCGCCCCGGCCGAAGUUCCAGUAUCCGUCUGCCGGAUUCGACGGGUCGUCUGAUGUAGAGAUGGCGGAUUCCGAGCCCGUCAAACCCGCUCCGGUGACGAAGACCACCAAGUCUGCCAAACCUGCCGCAGCGAAGCCCAAGAAACCCGCAGCAUCCAAGGCCCCCCUCCCCUCUCCAGACUCCGACGACGACGCUGAUGUCUUCGUUGCCGUCGCCGAGGAACCUAAACGCCCCGCUCGCCAAGCCCGCACCGCUGCCCGCAAGCCCGCCAAAUACGUCCUCUCCUCCGACAGCGACUCCGACGCCUCCGACUCUCGCCCCGACCACCUCGGCGACGUCUCCAUGAUGGUCAAAGGCAUCGGCCUGGGCCCGGACACCUCCAGCGGCGCCUCCCGUACCCUCUUCUCCAACACCGCCCGUCCCGGCAGCGCCAACGGUCUCUCCGCCAAAGCCGGCGGCCGCUCCCGCCUCAGCACCAUGUCCCGCGUUGUCGACCUCUCGGACGACGAGAUUGACGCGACGGACUACACGAAGUUGAUUCCGCAAGACUCGCCGCGGCGGCCGGCGGUGCGGACGGCGAACGAGACGGUGUUGUCGGAUGAUGAGGAGGAGGAGGAUAGCUUCAUCGCGAGCGCGAAGCCGAAGCCGAAGGCUGUGGUGGGCAAGGUCGCGGCUGCGAAGCCGACGGCGAAGCGUGCGGUGGAGAAGGCGCCGAAGACGGUGAAGCCGGUGACUUUGAGCCCUGCGGCCAAGGCAUAUGCGAUGAAGCAGGCGAAGGCGUCGGCUGCUGCGAGCGCCGGGGUAUCUACGGCGAAACCGAAGGCGAAGGCGGCGCCGAAGGUGGUGGAUUCGGAGGAUGAUAUGGUGGAUGAGUUGCUCAGCGAUGAGGAAGAGGAGGAGUCGCUGGUGAAGCCGGUGGCGAGGCCGGGGCGGCUGGCGGCGAGGAAGCCGGCGAAAUAUGUGGUGAGUGAAGAGGAGAGUGAGGAGGAUAGCUUCCAGGAGGAGAGUUUCGUGGUGGACGACGAUAGCGAUUAACUAUCAUGACGAGGGUGGGAAGGGCGAUGGGACUAUUCAUGAUGCGAUGAUGGAUUUCAUGGUUAUUGGGCAUGGUUACAGCGUGUAUAUUACUAACUACUAGUACACUACUAGUUGCCGUAUGGAGCGCUGAUAUCCUCAAAUGGG